AUGAAGCUCAUAAUUAUUGCUCGUCUGCUCCUUGUUUCACCGCUUGUUUCCGCCCAAUUCGAUACAGUGUUUGCUUUAACUAAGGCCCUCGGUCUCACCGUCAAGUUCGACUGCGCCCUUCCUUGCAUCCUAGAAGCGGCAAACAGGAUUCCGUGCAACGAGAAAGGUCCCGCAGAUGCAAUCUGUGACAAUAUCGCUACCAUCACCACCUAUGCUGAGCCAUGUGCUGAGAAAUGCGACGCUGAUCGAGCAAGUACUUUUAUCCAGGAAUUGACUCAGUAUGUCUGUAAACAGAGAGUACCAAAGUCGGACCAACCUUCUGGAGUCGACGAAAUCCAGGAGGGUGGAAAUUCAGAUGAUACGGAACAUACGGGAACCCAAGAUCCCCUGAGAGAUGAAGUAAUGAAGGCUGAAUCAACCGUGAAGGACGAGCUUUGA